ACAGAAACGGAUGGUUAAGUGCUUAAAGAACACAACAUAACACUUUUGCUUAAGCCAAUAUUUGUCUUUAACCCACUUUCCCAGAAACUUCAAAAACAGUUGGAGGAAGAAGAAGAAGAAGAUGAAACGACGAAGAACCCUUUUAAAAAGUCUUAAUCUUUAAAUCCAAGAUCUGCCCUUUUUCCAGAUUCUCUAUCUCAAGCUUACCCGAUCUUGUCAUGUAUUGAAGCCGGAUAUAGAGAUGUUGUGCUUGAAAGGUUCGGUUAAGCGGAAGAAGCAAUCCGGUUCUGUUCCGGUUUAUCUGAAUGUCUACGAUCUAACUCCUAUGAAUGCUUAUGGUUAUUGGCUUGGACUUGGUGUUUUUCAUUCUGGUGUUGAAGUUCAUGGAGUUGAAUAUGCAUUUGGAGCACAUGAAUCAUCAAGCACAGGUAUAUUUGAAGUGGAGCCAAAGAAGUGUCCCGGUUUCACGUUUAGGAAAUCGAUUCUUGUAGGGAAAACAGACUUGGUUGCGAAAGAAGUUCGAGUCUUUAUGGAGAAAUUAGCUGAAGAGUAUCAAGGAAACAAGUACCAUCUCAUCACAAGAAACUGCAACCAUUUUUGCAAUGAAGUUUGUCUUAAACUUACUCAGAAAUCAAUCCCUAGAUGGGUGAACCGACUUGCUCGCUUAGGGGUUCUCUGCAACUGUGUGUUACCACCGCGUUUAAACGAGGCAAAAGUGAGGCGGGUAGGAAAAGGAGAACUUACGGAGAGUGAGAAGAAGAAACUAAGAAACCGAUCACGAUCAGGUCCUUUACUGUCUUCUUCUUCAUCUUCAUCGACACCUGAUAAUCAUCGUUCACACAUUCGAGGAAAAUCAACUGGUAACAAUCCUUCUUCUUCUUCUUCUUCUUCGACAUCGGGUUCUAAGAAAAAUCAAAGACCUAGAACUCAAGACCAGACGUCGCCAAGCGUAAGCAUCAAGACUUGAUUCUUAUCAUCAUUAUUUGAACAUUUAAUUAUUGUUUAUGAAAAGGACAAAAAGUAAAAAGACAAGACAGAAGAACAUGCCAAGUAAAGUAUCAAUCAUACAUGGGCAUGCUCGUGCUUUGUUCUAAGGUUAUUUAAAACCUUAUUGGAGUGUGUAGCUUAUAGGAGAGAGAGAGAGUGAGAGGUUAUGAUUAUGUACAAAAAGAAUAUGAUUCAUAUAUUUUUCUAUGUUUUAUCUCACAUUUCAAUUUCUUUAUUUCAAAGUUUUAAACACAUUCAUUUUUUUUUUGUAUCACAAUGGAUCACUAAAAAGAUUAUUUAAUUC